CCAUUUUAUUCCUUCAUCUUUGUAAUGUGAGGAUUAUUGAGGAAAGUUUGGCUAGGGACGCCCGGUUCGAUAUUACAAGUAACAUUUCUAAUACAUUUCAUUUGGCCGAAAUCAUCGAACGUUUCUUACGGAAUUGAUAUGGCGCUUCCAGCAAAUUACAAGCAGGUUGCGAUAGCUACCUCCAAUCCGGUCACCACAACACAGCGUGCCCGGGCUACUGGGGGUAGUAGUGGCGGAUCGAGUGGUGCGAAAGAUACGCAAAGUCCAUUCGUCCAAACUCCACAUGGCCAUCCAGGCUUUACACCUCAGAAAGUAGGAAAAAAUACAUCUGCUGACUCCAGGCUCCCUAAACCUCCGAAACCACCAGAAAAGCCGCUCAUGCCAUACAUGAGAUACAGCAGAAAAGUAUGGGAUCAAGUAAAAGCACAAAAUCCUGAAUUGAAACUCUGGGAGAUAGGCAAGAUUAUAGGUCAGAUGUGGCGUGAUUUGCCAGAGGAAGAAAAGACAGAAUUUAUUGAAGAAUACGAAGCGGAGAAGAUCGAGUAUGAAAAGAGUUUGAAAACUUAUCACAAUUCUCCGGCAUAUCUUGCUUACAUUGCUGCAAAAAAUCGUGGCAAAUCUGCGUUGUGUGUAGCACAACAAACUAAUGACGAGCGCGAAAGCCACGAACGUUCAUCCGGUAGUGGGAAGAGUGCAGCUGCUCAGGAUCGUAGAAUCGAUAUUCUUCCAGCUGAGGAUGACGAUGAUCAAGACGAUGGAUAUUCCGUAAAACAUGUCGCAUAUUCUCGUUAUACGAGAAAUCAUCGUUUAAUCAAUGAAAUAUUUAGCGACACUGUUGUGCCGGAUGUUCGUUCAGUCGUCACAACUCACAGAAUGCAGGUUUUGCGUCGACAAGUUCAGUCUCUCACUAUGCAUCAGAAAAAACUAGAAGCAGAACUGCAGUAUAUAGAGGAGAAAUUUGAGGCGAAGAAGCGCAAGUUCAUCGAAACGAGCGAAGUUUUUCAGGAAGAAUUGAAAAAACAUUGUAAGCCGGCCGUUGAUGAGGAAGCAUUCAAAGAGCUGGUCGAGCGUCAGUACGAGCUUUUACGGCGUGAUCGACUGAAAGGUACGGAGCAAAAUCGAUCUGAUGGUCCAAUAUCAAGUGAAACGACACCGUCGACGACUCCAACAUCAACUCCGGCGCCGGUACACGAUGAAUCGAACGACGUAAAUAUGGUUGAAAGUGACGUGAAUGACAAAAAAACACCAGAGCCCGAAAAAGCUGUAGCCAUGGAUGUGAAAAAGGACAGUCCUUCGCCACCUUACGUCGAAGCAAAAUCGGAUUCUCCUGGACAAACUGUGACUCCAUCAGCUCCGACGAACAAUUCUACGAUGUUUUCGAGUGCCGUUAGUGCAAUUCAUCACCAACCAAUGCCGCAGCAAAUUCAACCACAACCUCAGCCUCAUCCACAAUCGCAGCCUCUUCAACAAUCGCUGGUUACGCAGCAGCAACCACCUUCAUUGCCACCUCAGACUGGACCGCAACACUCUCAACCUCCACAACCUCAACAAAUAGUGACACCUCAUUUGCACCCUCAAUCUGCUCAACCACAUCCGCAGGGUCAAUUGCACCCUCAACAACAUCCUCAACCUCAGCAGCAUGCUCAGGUGCAACAACCACAGCAACAACAGCAGCCACAACAACAGCAGCAGCAACAACAGCAGCAGCAGCAACAGCAGCAGCAGCAGCAACAACAGCAGCAGCAGCAGCAGCAGCAACAACAGCAACAAGCUGCGCAACAGCACCAUCAACAUGCUCAAGUUCAUGCGCAACAGCAUCAGGCCCCACCGCAUAUCCAACAGCAACAUCAACAGGCACAAGCACAAGUCCAACAAGCGGCUCAGCAGCAAGCGGCCCAGCAACAAGCAGCUCAACAACAAGCUGCCCAACAACAAGCUGCACAACAACAAGCUGCGCAACAACAAGCUGCACAACAACAAGCUGCACAGCAACAAGCUGCACAACAACAAGCAGCUCAACAGCAAGCUGCACAACAACAAGCAGCUCAGCAGGUGCAGCAUCAACAUCAGCCACCACCACAUCAACAAGCUUCGCAGCAACAUCAACAAGCUCCGCAACAACAACAGCAACCUCAUCCCGUAACAUCCGCACCUGUAACACCUAAUCCUCCGCCAACACCACCAGCCUCUUCUCCAGUACCCUCAAUGCAACAUAACCCUCAUCAACAGCCAGGAAUGAUGCAAAAUCACUCAAUGCCACCGCAUCAAGGAAAUCAGGGUUCCCAAGGAAUGUCGCCACAGGGCGGACCGGGAAAUCCUCAUGGGCCACCACCGAUGAUGCCACCAGGUCCGCAACAUUCUCAGCAAGUUUCUCAGCAUCCACACCAAGUCCAACAUGGACCACAGGGUCCACAGCAUUCUCAGCAACACUCACAGGCCCAACAACAUUCUCACGUCCAACAGCAGCAGCAGCAGCAACAACAGCAACAGCAGGCUGCACAACAUCAACAACAAGCUGCGCAACAUCAGCAGCAUUCUCAGGUACACGGUCAGCAGCAUCAGCAGGGCCCUCAACACAUACAGCAGCAACAUCAACAACAUGCACAGGCUCAGGCUCAGGCUCAGCAAGCCGCGCAACAGCAAGCUGCUCAACAAGCGCAGCAUCAACAUCAGCAACCUUCACAGCAGCAGCAUCAACAAACAUCACAGCAGCAACAACAGUCCCAUCCCGUAACCUCCGCGCCUGGAACACCAAACGCUCCUCCGACACCACCGGCUUCUUCCCCAGUACCUUCAAUGCAACACAAUCCUCAUCAACCACCAGGAAUGAUGCCGAAUCAUUCAAUGCCACCCCAUCAAGGGAGUCACGUGAUGCCUCCGCAAGGCGGACCGGGAAAUCCUCACGGGCCACCGCCCAUGAUACCACCUGGUCAGGGUUACGGGCAACAGUAUCAGCCUACAGGAGGACAACCUCAGGCCCAAAAUGUACCUCUUCCGCCUCGGCCGCCUCAUCCCUCCUACGGUUAUGGACAACAGCAGCCCUAUCACCAACCUUAUCCUCAAUAUUCUCAUCCCUACUAUCAUCAGCCCUAUGCCCAGUAUUCGCCUCACGCAAUGGGAAGACCCCAUCCUCAUGGACCUCACAGUCCGCAUAGCCCGCAUUAUCACCCCCAGUCGCCUCAUGCUCCUGGGGAAAGUGGUCCGGGUGGAAACACCGGACCUGGCCCUGGACCCGGUGGUAAUCCUGAGAGUGGAAAUCCGGCGUAUCCACCCACACCGGUACACGAAAGCGAACGUCCCGGACAACAAGAAAAUCCUGGAGAUGGUCAAUCCGACGCAAAAUCCGGAUCUGGCUAAAGUGCGGCGUUAUUUUAUGAAAUGAAUAUUGCGUUUGCUAACUUGUCAAAUGGCCUUUGAUCCAAGAUUCCUAAUGAUUUGUACAGUUUCGAGAAUCUCCUAAAUAUUCUCGUGCUUCACAAUCUAUUAUCGUUCGUGGUUUUUUUUUUCAAAUUUUUUAUGCUUUGUAUCCACUGUGGAUUUAUGUACUGUCACUUCACAUCGACGUAUUAUCAUAUAAUUUUAAACAUACUAUCGAGCAAUGGUUGACAAGGAAAAUGAAUACAUAUUUGAAUGGUAAUGAUGACGGUA